AGUGCGCGGGCGGGCCGUCGUGGGCGCCGCUACCGGCAGCUCGGUGCCUGUGGGACCAGGGGCCGCGGCGGCGCCGGUGCUCCCGGGCGAGGGCCGCCGUGAAGUUCGGCGUGAGGAGCGCGGCCGCGCCGGGGCGGGGUGAGCGAGGCCGGGCUCCGGGAGCGCGGCGCCGGCUGAAGCGAGCUGGGAGGCUCGAGGGACCGGCGGGCGCUGUGUAAUGUUCAAGCACAGAAAUGCCUUAUGUGGAUCGUCAGAAUCGCAUUUGUGGUUUUCUAGACAUUGAAGAAAAUGAAAACAGUGGGAAAUUUCUUCGGAGGUACUUCAUACUGGAUACCAGAGAAGAUAGUUUUGUAUGGUACAUGGAUAAUCCACAGAACCUGCCUUCUGGAUCAUCACGUGUUGGAGCCAUUAAACUUACCUACAUUUCAAAGGUUAGCGAUGCAACUAAGCUAAGGCCAAAGGCUGAGUUCUGUUUUGUUAUGAAUGCAGGGAUGAGGAAAUACUUCCUACAAGCCAAUGAUCAGCAGGACCUAGUAGAAUGGGUAAAUGUGUUGAACAAAGCUAUAAAAAUUACAGUACCAAAGCAGUCAGACUCACAACCUCAUUCUGAUAACCCAAGUCGCCAAGGUGAAUGUGGGAAGAAGCAAGUGUCUUACAGAACUGACAUUGUUGGUGGUGUGCCCAUCAUUACCCCAACUCAGAAAGAAGAAGUAAAUGAAUGUGGUGAAAGUAUUGACAGAAAUAAUUUGAAGCGGUCACAAAGCCAUCUUCCUUACUUUACUCCUAAACCAUCUUCAGAUAGUGCAGUUAUCAAAGCUGGAUAUUGUGUAAAACAAGGAGCAGUGAUGAAAAACUGGAAGAGAAGAUAUUUUCAAUUGGAUGAAAACACAAUAGGCUACUUCAAAUCUGAACUGGAAAAGGAACCUCUCCGCGUAAUACCACUUAAAGAGGUUCAUAAAGUCCAGGAAUGUAAGCAAAGCGACAUAAUGAUGAGAGACAACCUCUUUGAAAUUGUAACAUCGUCUCGAACUUUCUAUGUGCAGGCUGACAGCCCUGAAGAGAUGCACAGUUGGAUUAAAGCAGUCUCUGGUGCCAUUGUAGCACAGCGGGGACCUGGCAGAUCAGCAUCUUCUAUGCGGCAGGCCAGAAGGCUGUCGAAUCCUUGUAUACAGAGGUAUACGUCCAGAACUGGGGAAUGCAGCACGAGCAUCCCCGCUGUCCUUCCGAACCCAAACACGCUCUCCUCUCUGCCGGUGCCACAGCAGCCACCCCGCGAUCCACAGCCUCUCGCAGCGACUCUCUGGUCUCAAGCUUUUCCAUGGAGAAGCGAGGAUUUUACGAAUCUCUUGCCAAGGUCAAGCCAGGGAACUUCAAGGUCCAGACUGUCUCUCCAAGAGAACCAGCUACCAAAGUGACUGAACAAGCUCUGCUAAAACCUCAAAGUAAAAAUGGCCCUCAGGAACAAGAUUGUGACCCCGUGGACUUGGAUGACGCAAGCCUUCCAGUCAGCGAUGUGUGAGAUGGAAGCACGUGGAGCCUGACCCGCCUCACCCGCCCUCAGUGUCCUUUCAGGAGGCUUCUCGCCAAAGAUGAUAAAGGGGAAAGGGGCUUUAAUGCAUGUAGUAUACUGCCUCAUGGGUGUUCUCUUCAUAAGCUGGUAAGCCAAGAAGCUAGGGCGUGGCCAAACUAAAUGCAAUUUCUUAAAAAAAAAAAAGAUAAAAGCCCUAAAAAGUAUCUCAGUAUCAACUGUCUGAAGCUUUGUUCUCAUUGGGAUGAUAAAAGUGUGUGUGUGAUAUUUUUUCCAAGCGAAUUUGACAAACUUAAAUGUUUCACAAUUUAAGACAUGAAAAAUGCUUAUUAAUUAUUUUGGUUGUUUUAAAAAUGCUACUGUGACUUCCAAUUAAAUGUUCAAUCUCUACACAUUCUUACUGGUUAAUAUUAUUGAAUGAAAUAUUGCCAGACAAAAAUAUCUAAACUCAU